AUGUCACACCUCUUCCCACCGCCUGAAGCGCUCAAGAGGUCCAUGGUCACCCCGUUGGGAACCACCGCGUCCACGCCGACACCCAACCAGGCUCGACGCGAGCUUUUCACCGUGUAUUCCGUGGUCGAAGAUGCAAGGGAAAAGGCGCACAAGCUUGGCGCGGAGGCAACAAGAGAAUUCGAAAAGGCCAGCUCCGCCGCGCAGGCCAAGGCCGGCAAGAUUGAGCUGUACUCGGGCAGGUACUACGCUGCUUGCACCGUUGGCGGUCUCAUGGCGUGUGGCCUCACCCACACCGCCGUGACGCCCCUCGACCUCGUCAAGACCCGUCGUCAAGUCGACUCGAAGCUCUACACCGGUAACUUCCAGGCAUGGGGCAACAUCUACCGCGCCCAAGGGCUCCGCGGCAUCAUGACUGGCUGGAGCCCUACCCUGUUUGGGUACAGUGCCCAGGGAUCCUUCAAGUACGGCUGGUAUGAGUACUUCAAGAAGACGUACGGCGACAUUGCUGGCCCAGAAGCCGCCUACAGGUACAAGACCGGCCUCUAUCUCGCCGCCUCUGCUUCCGCCGAGUUCCUGGCCGACAUUGCUCUUUGUCCCUUUGAGGCCGUCAAGGUGCGCAUGCAGGGCACCAUUCCAAACCCUUAUACCGGUACGCUGCACGGCAUCAACACCAUUGUCGCCGAGGAAGGACGCGCCGGCCUGUACAAGGGACUGUACCCGUUGUGGGGACGUCAGAUCCCCUACACCAUGAUGAAGUUUGCUUCGUUUGAGACCAUUGUUGAAAAGAUUUACGACCGUCUUCCCGGACAGAAGAGCGACUACGGCAAGGCUGCUCAAACUGGUGUUUCCUUUACUGGCGGAUACCUCGCUGGCAUCCUAUGUGCCGUUGUCUCCCACCCGGCCGAUGUCAUGGUCAGCAAACUGAAUGCCUAUCGAAAACCUGGCGAGGGAUUUGGGACCGUCAUGAACCGCAUAUACGGGGAAAUUGGAUUCAGGGGACUCUGGAACGGUCUCCCCGUCCGUAUCGUCAUGAUUGGCACUCUGACUGGUCUCCAGUGGAUGAUUUAUGAUUACUUCAAGAUUUUCAUGGGCCUCCCGACCACUGGUGGCCCCCCUCCUCCCGACAAGAAAUAA